AUGUUUGGGAGCGGGGGUUACGAGGUGGGAUCAAAGAGACAACGAAUGAUGCAAUCAAAUUCAAAUUCAAAUCCCUACUUGGCAGUUGGCACCGGAGCUACCAGCUUUCCACCUUUCGGGUAUGCCGGCGGUGGCGGUGGCGGUUUCCCGGUGGUUCGCCUCAGGGGUAUUCCUUUCAACUGCUCUGACCUGGACAUCUUCAAGUUCUUUGCCGGCCUCGACAUUGUGGAUGUCUUGCUGGUCAGCAAAAACGGCAAAUUCUCCGGGGAGGCCUUUGUGGUGUUCGCCGGCGCAAUGCAGGUGGAGAUUGCACUGCAGAGGGACAGGCAGAAUAUGGGGAGGAGAUACGUGGAAGUUUUCCGGUGCUAUAAACAGGAUUACUACAACGCAGUGGCUGCCGAGGAGGGAGCUUAUGAAAACAACGAGAUUGUUAGCCCACCUCCAGCCAGAGCCAAGAGAUAUAGCGAGAAAGAGAAGCUCGAGUACACAGAGGUUCUGAAGAUGCGAGGCCUCCCUUACUCGGUGAACAAAGCUCAGAUCAUAGAGUUUUUCAGCGGGUACAAGGUUAUACAAGGAAGGGUCCAUGUUGUGUGUCGAGCCGAUGGGAAGGCCACGGGAGAGGCCUAUGUGGAGUUUGAGACUGCAGAGGAGGCGAGGAGGGCGAUGGCCAAGGACAAAAUGUCCAUAGGGUCAAGGUAUGUGGAGCUGUUUCCAAGUAGGCGUGAAGAGUCUCGAAGGGCUGAGUCCAGGUCUAGGCAAUGA